GUCUAGUUUAUGGUCUUGUGUGAAUUUCAUUUUCAUAUUUAGGCAUUUUACGAUCAAGGGAUUUUAAUUUGCGCUUCCAAUCAAUUAUGCUCUGAGUUACACAUUUUAGUUUCACUUGUUAAAAUCCUUAGUUAAGUUCUUUCUUGUAACUGAAUUGUUAAUUUUACUACUUUUAUUUUCUAUAUGCAGACAUUAGUUGUUUGGGGAAUCUGUUGCUAAUUUGAGCUUUUUAAGGUAUAAAGUUAGUUGAAAGUAGGGCUUGUAUAAGGUGAUAUUGUCUUCAUAAAAGAAUUUUGACUCUCUCGUCAAAGGAUGACGCGUGUUGAUACUAUGCAAUUGUCUAAUGAACUGAGAGUUCAUGAUAGUCAUGGUUGCGGUCAAAACCUUGGUGUCAUAGGAAAAGGCCGGCUACAUUUAAUUCGUAUCAAUCUUUCCUCGCAUGAUAUGCGACAGGAUGCUUGGAGACUUCAUCUUUUGAGCAGUGUUUGUAGACCCAUAAGACAUGUAUAUCCCAGGUCUGAUGUCAUUAUCUGCCGAUCUGUUCCAAUUCCUAAUGGGGGAAAUGAGAUUCCUAUAAUAAAAUCUGCUGGUGUGGCUUUGACCAGGGCAUUUGGUGAUUUACACGCCAGUCCAGUUGUACCUCGGUUGAUCCCGGCAGUUGCAAUUAUUGCUUUUGCUGCAUGGGGCCUUGGGCCACUUAUGCGGUUAGGCAGGGUUAUGCUUUUCCAUAGGAGCGAUAACAGUUGGAAUAAGAGUAGAACACAUCAUAUUAUGACCUAUUAUCUUCGACCUGUGUUGCUCUGUACUGGAGUGUCACUCCUCUGCAGAGCAUUAGAUCCAGUAGUUUUAGCCUCAGAAGCAAGGCAGGCUGUUAAGCAACGACUUCUACAUUUUGUGCGAUCAUUAUCGACUGUUCUUCCUAUUUCUUAUUGUUUGUCAAGCCUAAUUUUAAGAAAUGUAUUUACGGAGAUGAAUGAUUCCAAUGAUGCAAGAAAUAUGGGCUUUGACUUUGCUGGAAAAGCUGUUUAUACUGCAGUAUGGGUUGCUGCUGUAUCAUUGUUCAUUGAAUUGCUAGGUUUUUCCACCCAGAAGUGGGUAACUGCUGGUGGACUUGGUACAGUAUUGAUCACCCUUGCUGGUCGUGAGAUAUUUACAAAUUUUCUUUCAAGUGUAAUGAUCGAUGCAACAAGGCCUUUUGUUGUCAAUGAAUGGAUUCAAACUAAUAUAGACGGUUAUGAAGUUUCAGGGACAGUCGAGCAUGUUGGAUGGUGGUCACCAACAAUUAUAAGAGCUGAUGACCGUGAGGCAGUUCACAUCCCAAACCACAAGUUCACUAUGAAUGUUGUGAGGAACAUUAGCCAGAAGACUCAUUGGCGCAUCAAGAAUUACUUUGCCAUUAGUCAUUUGGAUGUUAAUAAAAUCAAUAAUGUAGUAGCUGACAUGCGGAAGGUUUUAGCCAAAAAUCCUCAAGUAGAGCAGCAAAAAUUGCAUAGAAGAGUAUUUUUGGAAAGUAUUAAUCCAGAAAACCAGGCUCUUAUGAUAAUGGUAUCCUGUUUUGUGAAAACAUCACGUAUAGAAGAAUAUUUCUGUGUUAAGGAAGCUAUACUGUUGGAUCUUCUCAGAGUUAUUAGCCAUCAUCAUGCUCGGCUUGCCACCCCUAUCCGUACAGUUCAGAAGAUGUAUGGCGAGGCUGAAAUAGAAGAUGUACCUUUCGCUGAUACCAUUUUCAGACGUUCUCGAACAACUACCAACCGUCCACUUCUCCUCAUUGAACCCAGUUAUAAAGUUAAUGGUGAUGACAAAGUCAAAGCUUCAACACGUGUAAAUGAAGAAAAAAAAUCCAUGGAGGAAGCAACCCUCACAUCUGACUUGAAGGGAAAUACUAAUUCGGGAUCAACAUUGGACUCCAAAGAAGACAGGGUUAUGGCAUCAUCAACCAAUAACCCCAGUUCAGGUUCAAAAGCCUCAUUGUCCGAGGCUGAAAGUGGGAACUCGAUCGAAGUGAACUCCGAAAAGCAAUUUAGUGAGGGUAAGAGCGAAACUCGGAAGCCAGCAAGUUCAGGAAGUGUGGUGAUCACUGAUCCACGGUCUGCAAAUGAAGAAUCUGAAAUCCCAGUGAGCGUUUCACAGGCACAGCAGGAUGUCGAUAAGUCGACUCCGCAGCCAUUGGUGGCUAGGUCACCUUCCUUGGAAGAGAACAUCGUUCUUGGUGUUGCACUGGAGGGCUCAAAACUGACACUUCCAAUCGAAGAAGAAAUGUCGACACUAUUGGAGGAAUUGGGCAAUCACCAGAGUGGAAGUAGGUCUCAUUCGGUCAGCCAGGAGAAGAAAGAUGAUGAGGUGCCAGUAGUUCAUGGUAAAAUUAUUAGUCGAUAAAUCGUGCCCCGUUGCCGUUUAUAUAGUUUGUAAUGUUCAGCUGUGUUUGUUUGAAGCUGGCGUUAUUAUUAUUAUUAUUCGUUGCCUACGUCUCAUCCUUUGUACAUAGUUGUUGGAUUCAAAAUUAAUGUGGUAAGUUAG